AUGUUGGCCACCAACAUGGGGCACCGUUUCCUGGGGUGUGGAGCCAUGAUUCCAAGGAAGCUGAAGCCCUUCCUCUGCAGGAUGUUGUCGGGUUACCAACCCAAUAGCCGUGUCAAGAACUCCUACAGGAUCCUGGGCCUGGAGGAAGGCUGCUCCCUCGACGAUGUCAGGAGAUCCUACCGGAACCUCGCCAAGAAGUACCACCCAGACAGCAGCUCCGACAUGGCUAAUUCUGACACCUUCAUAAAGGUGGAGGAGGCCUACAGGGUUGUGCUCAGCGACGUGGCAGCCAGGAAGAAAUUAAAUGAGGAUGAAGAGGAGGAGGAGGAGGAGGAGGAGGGGGAGGACCUGUUCAAGACAAAAUCCCUGCCACAUAGACACUACUUGAGUUUUGAAGGUGUUGGCAUUGGAACACCAAGCCAAAGGGAGAAGCAGUACAUGCAGUUCCGAGUGGAUCGCGCCACGGAGCAGGUAUUGGAGUACAGGCAGCAGAGGCUGGAGAACCAGUAUGCUGGCACUGACCUGAGGACAGCCAAGGAUGUGAGGGAGAGCAAAAAGGUGAAGAUAACCCAAGCUGUGGAGCGGUUGGUUGAGGACCUCAUCCAGGAGUCAAUGGCCAAGGGAGACUUCGACAACCUCAGAGGGAAAGGGAAACCUCUGAAGAAGUUCUCAGGCUAUCUCCAUAUUGACCCUAUGACCCACAACAUCAACAGGAUUCUGAUUGACAACGGCUACCAGCCUGAGUGGAUCCUGCUGCAGAAGGAGAUCCGGGAAACCAUCCAGAGGCUGAGGAAGGGCAUAGUGGCCUCCAGGAGGAAGUUUGGAGAGGAGAUGACACCAUCAGAGCAAAAGCAGUGGAGUAAGAUUUGUGAGCAGUUUGUAGAAGACAUCAGGAAGCUAAACAAAAGAGUUGACAGCUUCAACUUGGUGGUUCCCAUCCUGAGCGGGCAAAUGGUUCACUUCAGUGCAGAUAAGGAGAUGGCUCGAGCUCAAAAGAUUUAUGAAGCUUUGAUGGAAGAGGUUUCUCGUGUAGACACAAAGGCAGAUGAAGGGGAAGGUGCCAAAAGGUUUGGGUGGAAGUCCACCCUGUUCAAGUGGUUAAACUUUACACUGAAGUAA